UAUGAAAAGGAAAAAGUAUAAUUACAUUAAGCUAUACCUGCCAAUUGUACGAACUACGUAAUAAUGGAUCCUUUAGCGACAAAGUGGUAAACAAUAUUAUGCGAUAUCGCAUUUCAACAAUAUUUAACAGAUGUGUAAAGAGUUGAACGCGGCGCACGCUCGAAUACAUGCUUUGAUAUUUCAUUGAAUUUUCGUCACUUCGGUUAAACGAGCAAUCUUGGUGAUUGUUUAAUAAAAAAUCCAUAGUUCACACAAAAGGAUAGUAUUAUUCCGUACUAUGAGAAUGCUUUGUAAACAAAAAUAUUAAGGAAUAAAUUAAAAUUUUAAGUACUAAGCGUCCAAAUGUUCAGUCGACAUCUAGCGAGAAAGGCCGACUGGUCUCUCUCCAUGGUCCGUGCUCGGCAAUACUCUUAAACGGUCUCUUGCUACUAGCAAUCAUUGUCCAAGAACUCGACGUGACAAGUACACACGUUUACAUAAUAAUACGUAUCUAUACGAUUUGUUAUAAACUUUACUAAAAAGUUUAGAAAUCAGAGAUUCCACAUUUGAAGAAGAUGGGCGAUAAGGUUGCACCCGUAACAACCGCUACUGCAACGUCAGCGACGAAUUCUCCUCAAUCAGCAUCUGCUAAGGAUUCUGCUGCUGCGUCAAAGUCGAAACUGAAGAAACCUCGUGCAAAACAGACACAUCCACGUACUGCAGAAAUGGUCACCGCGGCUAUAAAAAAUCUCAAGGAACGUGGUGGUUCUUCGCUACAAGCCAUUAAAAAAUAUAUUGCUGCCACGUAUAAAUUGGAUGCCGAGAAGCUUGCACCUUUCAUUAAGAGGUAUCUGAAAACUGCUGUGACCUCUGGUAUUCUGGUUCAGCCCAAGGGUAAGGGAGCAUCAGGAUCGUUCAAAAUCUCGUCUGGAAAAGUUGAAGUUGUGAAAUCCGAAGCUCCGCGUCCUGCGCGCAAAGCUGCAGCCACGAAGAAAGUUGCAGUCACCAAGAAGGCUGCACCUGUGAAAAAGCCAGUUGUCCAGAAGAAAACAGCUCCUAAGAAAGCUGCUGCUACUCCUACCAAGAAAAAAGCGGCUGCAGAAAAGAAAAAUGCUGCAAAGAAAGCUACUGUCAGUGAAAAACAAAAAGUAACUAAGGCAACAGUCGUAAAAGCUGUUAAGUCAAAAACUCCAUUGAAAACGAAAAAGGCUGCAAAAUCUCCGGCAACCAAAGCUAAGAUACCCAAACCGAAAAAAGUUGCACCCUCGAAAACUGUAAAGGCUGCUCCGAAGAAGAAAGGAGGUUCGUACUGGUUCGUACGAUCAAUAGAGUUUUGUUGCAUGAUGCCACCUAAAACAAGCGGCAAAGCGGUAAAAAAGGUCGGCAAGGCACAAAAGAACAUCGGUAAGGCUGAUAAGAAAAAGAAACGCAAAAGAAAGGAGAGUUACGCUAUUUAUAUCUACAAGGUUUUGAAGCAAGUCCAUCCCGACACUGGAAUAUCAAGUAAAGCUAUGAGCAUCAUGAAUAGCUUUGUUAAUGACAUCUUCGAACGCAUUGCUGCUGAAGCUUCUCGCUUGGCGCAUUACAACAAACGAUCCACUAUUACAUCUCGGGAGAUACAGACUGCUGUGAGACUCCUGUUACCUGGUGAACUGGCUAAGCACGCCGUUAGUGAAGGAACAAAGGCUGUCACGAAAUAUACGAGCUCCAAGUGAACAAUUAUAUGAAAUAAAAAGGGCCCUUUUUAGAGCCACCAAAAUUA